AUGAAGUAUAAAGCUUCCAGGAGCAUCCUCAUAACAGGAGCAACUGGCUACCUUGGCGGAGGAUUCCUCGCGGAGGUCCUUACCUCCAACAACUCUAUCUUGCUGUCUGCCACUUACUCUGUCCUUCUUCGUUCCUCUUCUCAGGCCUCUCUCUUCACCAAUCUCGACGUGACGCCACUCGUCCUCCAAAAUACCGAGGACCUUACGGAACUGCGCCAUAUUGCUAGCAACUACGACAUCAUCGUUAAUUUCGCAUACAACGUUAUGCCUGAGCAUGCUAAGGCUCUGGUUCUCGGCUUAGGGGAUAGGAAGCUUGCGAACCCAGAUUUGCGAACGCCCGUCAUCAUUCAAGCCUCCUCUGGAACAUCGAACUUCGCCGACAGGCCAUUCAGCGCACCGGAUCGAUUCAAGAAGCUCGGUAUCCCCCUUGAGUUUACCGACCUCGACUCCAACGCCCUUUACGAGAUUGAGAAGCGCCUCGACGCCGAGGAACCGUAUCCUCUGCGCACAACUGAUCUCAACGUCAUCGACACUGCGCUUGAGGUAGGGGUCAAGACACACGUCGUUAUGCUUCCUACAGUGUAUGGAACCGGGGCUGGGCCGGGAAAUAAGAUCUCGAUCCAGAUUCCGGUCUUCAUCAAGUCGGUGUUGAAGCAUGGAUACUUGGCUGUUGCCGGUGAGGGCAACGGGGUGUGGGAUCGUGUGCAUAUCCAAGACUUGGUCGCGCUGUUCAAGAUCUUGAUUUCCCGCAUCCUUCAGGACGAAGAUGUUCCGAGUGGGAAGGACGGUCUCCUAUUCUCUGGGACGGUUCGCAACUCCUGGAACGAACUUGCGCAUGCUAUUAUCAAUGUGGGACUCAAGCUAGGCAAGAUUCCUGCAGAUACAGAGGUCAAGCACGUGGACUUGACAGAAGCGGAGAAGGCGUGGGGGCUGGACGGGUUUCCUGGUCUUGCAGAGUUGGCUUUUGCGAGUAAUAGCCGCACAUAUGCGGAGAGGGCUACGCAGUGGGGUUGGGAAGCGAAAGUUCUUGACAUGGAGAGCGAUAUUGAAGCCGAUUGGCUUGCUGUAACAAAGGAUGCGUAA